AAAGUAAGAAAAAUGUUACCUAUUACUUUAUACAACACCACCUAUAGAGGACACUAGUAAAAGUGUUGCAUAUUACAUAUGCAACACUUUGAGCACUUUUUACAACACAUUUGAAGUGUUGCCAAAAGCCACUUUUCUCGUAGAUCUAAUUCACCCGUUAGACUUUUCCCAAAUUCAUUAGCAUAGUGGGAAAAAUGGCUUAUUGUUAAAAUUUAUGUUUACAAACUUAUUAUUAAGAUGCUAUAAGUUGUUCUACUUUAGGCAUGAAUCGCAUGUAUUUAUUGACUUAUCUAAAUUUUGUGCAUUCAUAUUUUGCAUAGCAUAUGUCCUACUUAAUACAUUUUUAGUGAUUUUUCAGUAUGCGUCAAAAACUUACGCUUUUACGCUUUGAUUCUACGCUUUACGAUUUUACCCCUUUUCCGCUUCUAGGUAGAAUCGCGCUUUUAACUGCAAAAAAUAUUCUUACUAUAUCCAGCUAGCUUGGAAUAAACUCAGCCAAAUAUCAAACCAAACUCCUAAUAAUUAAGCUCUCUAGAGAAUUCCAUGUAAGGUGAUGGCAGCCAAGAGUGGCAGUAUAAAUAUAAAUAGAUGCCAUUGUCACUAAUGUUAGAAGGUAGAGAGAGCUAGAGAAAAUUCGACAUUUCCGUUUAGAAUUUUGGAGAAGGCAUCUAUACUAAAACUUAGAACCACUGUGUAAUCUGUACUAUAUACUCAAUGUAGUGGAACUGGUAUUAGUUAACACACAUAUUGUGUCAGAAUGUUAUUAGUAAAUUCCAUCGGAGUGUUGUGAUUUUUAGGACUUCAGGUUUGUGCAUCCGAAUUGAUGCAUAUGAGCCCGAAUUUUAAUACUAUUGUAGAACUUUGCAAGAUUCGAGCUACACAAAUAGUGAGACUCUCAUUCAAGUAAAUUAGGGCUGGCUAUUUGGUCCGGGUUUUUUGGUUUUACCCGAAACCAUACUGUAUAACCCGGACCGAGACUGGAUAGUAAACAAUCCAAUCCAAUAUUUGGGCUUAGAUUUGAGGUAAAAAACCAUUCGAAACCGGAUCAAAAACUGGAUAAAGACCGGAUAAGAGAGCUCAACACCCAAAACUUAAGGGUAAUUUGCAUAAAUGGUCACAAACAUUUGCACUUAGUACAAAACUUAACCAACUCCUGACCCUUUAAGGCCUUAGGCCACUCAAAUCCCCACAAGCUCAAUAUAAAAUCAAGACCGAAUUGGGGCCGAACCCGAUCAAUACCGGAUCGGAUCAAGACCGGACUGUAUUCAAUCCAAUCUUUGGUCCUUAUAUUUUCAAAAAGACUGGACUGAACCGGAUCAAUUUAGGCCAAUUUAACCGGACCGGACCGUAUAACCACCCUAAAGUAAAUGCAUAAACCUUAUAACAUCCAUUCUUUUCAGCUUUAACCUCUAGCAUGACUGAAAUCGCAAACAACAAAACCCAAGAGGAAGAUGAUAGCUAGCUAGGUAGGGUUAUCGAUCGAGAAAGGCACAUGAGUACGAUCCACAUGGUGAGACACUUCUACAACAACAAUUAGUGAUGAUGUUUGUACGAGGAUAAAGUGAUGAUCAAUUCAAACCACACAGAGCAAGGCACUGGUUGUUACAUAGUACUGGGGGAAAAAAAAUCUGGAAAUAUGCACACAAGAGACCAAUGCCAAAACUCGAUCGCAAGUCUUUGGUGCUUCUGUUUGGCAUUUUAGUCGUGGAUGAAGACAUAUAGGGGAAUCAAACAUAUAUGGCCCGCUAUAAGGUACAAUAACUCAACAAUAUGGUCGAUCCAUCAUUUUCCUAAAAAGCAAUGUGUACCAUUACCAUCUUAAUUUACAUCUGUCAUCAUGCAUCUAUGUACACUUACCCAGGUAAAGUCUUUGUCCUAGACCACUAUUCUUUUGACAGAUAUGUAAAACGCAUAUUGAAGCGCUUUAUGGGAGUGGAGUAAUACUGGGGAAUAUAUGUAUCAUUCAUAAGAGGUACUGAUCAGACCAAAGUGUGCUCCUUGAACGAUCAUCCAUCAUAUGUAUCGAUCGAAGGUAGUGACGUCGUGACUGUCAAGAACCAGUUGGUCCCAAUAACUCGAGUUGUUGGGAGAAGGUUUUGCUGGAUCUUAUACCACACACUAACACGCCCCCUCAAACGAAAGCCAACUCAUGGGCUUGAAGUUUGCACAGGCCCACCAUACCAUGUGCUUGAAAGACAACGGUUAAUAUUGGGGGUCGUGGAGAUUCGAACACAUGACCUUUUGGUUCGAGGCUCUGAUACCAUGUCAAGAACCAGUUGAUCCCAAUAACUCGAGUUGUUGGGAGAAGGUUUUGCUGGAUCUUAUACCACACACUAACAGUGACAAAGUCAGGAAUUUGAAUGAGUGGGCUGAGGUGGUAAUUAGACGCUAACAUUUUAUCGACUACUUUAUUUCCGAAAUUUGUUAGGGAUUCUACAUGAAAAUUUAGCUAUAUUUCAAAAGUUGAAAGGUAUUAUAAUCCCUUCUGACUUCAGCCUAGCUCAAGGUUGUAGUGACGAAGCUUUAACUUAAUUAACUUCGGUGAAAACCAGCUGUUAUCAUUCAGUGUCAAUAUAGGAGUAUUUUUAUAUGGGAAAAUGGAGUACUGAAACACAUAGUUUCUCUUUCUGGUCAGCUAGCUAGUUCCCUGCUGCUGCUGCGAGCCAAACAAGUGUGUGUUGCUUUCAUGUGCAGACAAAAUGGUAAGAAUAUAUGGUCAGAUAUCAGAUACCUAACGCGAAAAAAAUGCAUGCUUUCAACGCGAAAAAACAGAAGCCAAUUAGGGAAACUUAUUUGUGUUUAGCGUGUUAAACGUCGACUCUUUGCAUGCAUGAGCUUUUCUGAAACCACGUACGUACUGUAUAUAGUAUGUGCAUGAGGCUGAAAACGGAAGAGAUUGAUAUUUUCUAGCUGGCUCGUGUAGAUAAUUAGAUUAUGUGUAGUAAUCGAAAGGGCUAGAUUUCAGAUACUUUCAGUGAGUAUGAACUGUCCCAAAGGCCAAGGCCAUAGAUUUGUUUUGAUGAUUACGUAAGUUCGUUGUCAAGUUUGUUAAAUUAUUGGACGUAAUCAUAAAAGAAAAUUUUAGGGAUUGUGAAAAAAAAAAAAAAAUUUCACUUUAGUUUUGCAGUAACAACAAAAUUCAGCCCCAUUGCAUGCAUUAUAAAAUCACGCCGGACUCAUUCUGGCUUAUCGAGCCCUACUUGCUCGAGACUGAGAGGUUUCCAUCCAUCACAUCUAUAGGGAGGCGAAUUUUCUUGCUGAUUGUAUUGCCCACAAGGGCAUCUCUUGACACUUGGCACCCAUGACAUUUCUAUCUCUGAUUUGGACGUUAGCCAUUGGGCAUUGUAUGAUCUGGUGGGGGGUUCCUCCUUUCGAUUGAUUUAUGAUUAAGAGGUAGCGGUGCUCUGCAUCCAUUUUUCACCACAAAAAAGAAAAGAAAAAUCACAACGAAGAUCAUGCCAAGCAGGCUGCAAACAGUCCUUCCUAAGUUUAUCAGAAAGAAUCAAUCUGCAUUCAUAGAAGGGAGGAGCACCAUAGACAACAUUUUGAUGACUCAGGAGGUGGUCCAUAAACAACAUGAAAAAUAUCACCCUUAGAUGUGCUGUCAAGGUUGACCUAAUGAAGGCUUUUGCCCCUGUGCAUUGGGGUUUUCUUCUUGCCGUGAUGGACAAAAUGAAAUUUCCUAUGAAGUUCAUUAAUUGGAUAAGAACAUGUAUGGAAUCAGCUCACUUUAGCAUCACAGUCCAAGGAAGUCUAUUUGGUUACUUCAAGGCAAAGAAAGGGGCGAGGCAGGAUGACCUGUUGUCCCCUUACCUCUUUACUUUAGCAAUGGAGGUUCUCUCUUCCAUGCUGGACAUGGCAUCACUAAAUAGAUCAAUACCAUUUCAUCCUUAGUGUAAAGUAGCAGACUUGACUUACAUAUGCUUUGCCGACGAUCUACUCAUCUUUUCUAAGGGAUCAGUUGCAGCUCUAGCAAGUAUAAGGGAUUUAUUAGAUGAAUUCUACAAGCUCUCAGGACUAUGCAUCAACCCAACAAAGUGUAAAGUCUUCUUUGGGGUGUAAGGGCUGAGGAAAGACCAAGUCUGCUAGGAAAUUCAAGAUUCAGGGAAGGCAGUCUGCCAGUUAGGUACUUAGGGCUGCCUUUACAAGUAGGGUCGCUAUCUAGUGCUGACUCCAACAUGCUAGUGGACCAGAUCACCAAGAGAGUCAGAUCCAGGAGAGCCAACAAACUCAUGUAUACAUGGAGACUCAUUUUGGGUUGCAUGUAUUGAGGAAUAUCGACUUAAAGGCAAAUCUAUUUGGGCAAUGGCAGAACGCAUAAUGGAUCAUGGUUGUGGAGGAAGCUUCUGAAGCUUCAGUCAUGGUAUCAUAACAGGCUAAUGGUGGAUGAUGAUAGUAUGGUUAGCUGGAAAGGAAAAAUAAUGCCAAAGUUCUCCAUAAAGCUGAUUUGGAAGUCCAUUCGACCCAAGGCUGAGCGAGUAUGCUGGUUCAAGGUUUUAUGGGGGAAGUUUGUAGUGCCAAAGAACAUGUUUAUUGUGUACGUGGUUAGUGAUUAGGAAUCGAAUAAAAAUGAGAGCCCAAGUGAAGGAAUGGGGGUGAUUGAACUAGACGAAUGUCCUCUUUGUACAGAGAGGCCAAAAACUCGGGAUCACUUGUUCUAUGACUUUUCUUACACGAAGACAGAGAUGGAAUCUCUACUUCCAAGAGUAAUGUGGCCAGGCGAAUGGAGAUACACUAUUAUGGACUUGACAAUGAAGAAUUCUUGAACUUGUUUUCUGCUUCUAGUUUCUACAAAUGAGCAGAUUAGUGUAUUCAUGAGUUGUUAGUCUGGUGUAUUAAGGUAGAAUUGUAUGCAGGGGUCUGUUAGGGACCAACCUGUGUAGCUAGUCCUAAUUGACAGGUGUAUUUCGAGGAAACUUGAUUGCGUUUAACUAAGUUCAGCAAUAUCCUACCAAAAAAAAAAAAAAGUUCAGCAAUAAAUGGACACAACAAUUAUCGGAAAAAGACUAUUUAGGAACUAUGAAAAGUUGUCAAAUUGGAAUCAUAAUAUAGAUCAAAUAAUAUAUUUCCCAGCAACAUAAUUAAAUUAUAGGCGAAAGGUGUCAAAUUCUAAUCAUAAUAUGGAUAAAAUAAUACAUAUAUAUAGUAACAAUUUUCUGCAUUGAGCAUGGAGUUAUGGCUGUGUGAAGUUUCAAUUUAUUUUAGGUGGAAAAUAUUAGAAUCUAUAUUGUUAUAGUGAACUCGCUGGAGAUGGCAGCAAUUUCCACUAAGCAGCUGAUUACAACAAAUGUAGGGAAAACACGACGGAGAUAUAUAUAUAUAUAUAUAUAUUUUUUUUUUGGUGUAUACUGAGAAAAAGAUCAUUUAUAUGAAAGGUAUAUGCACUCUUCCACUGAAACAAAAGGGUAUAUGCACU